AAGAAACCUGUGUGGUUUUAAAGAAGCGUACUUAAGUUGAAAUAAUGACCGGAAGUGUUGUUAUUGUUCUCGAAGGGGUGUUUGGAAAUCUGAUCCAGAAAGUCCGUCUUAUUCGUAAACUUGAAUUUCCUGAUAGACACAUUUUAUUUUCGAACUGGAAUAGUAGGUUUAACCAUUGACAGUUGAUUAAAACGUUCAAAGUCACGAUGGCGUCGCCGCUGGAGAUGACAGAGAUGUACGACAAUGCUCUGCUGGGCAUCCUGCAGCAUGUUGGAAACAUCCAGGACUUUCUUCAGAUCUAUUUUGGGUUUUUAUACCGCAAAACGGAUUUUUAUCGCCUGCUGUCAGGUCCCAACGACAAAAUGGGCUUCCCUCCUGGUGUGGCCGAGAAGAUGGUGCUUAAGACGUUUAAGGUGUUCGAGAAGCUGGCGGAGCACGACAGAGAGAGAUGUCUGAGUGAGCUGCAAAAAAGAGAGGAGAGCAGAUGUGUUCCUCCAGUAGUUCAGGAGCUGGAGGUCGCCACUGAGCCUCACGAGGAGACAGAGCAGAGCACAGAGGCUGCACCGACGGAGAGCCUCUCUGUGGACACAGCAGAUGUUUCAGCUCCUGGCGCCUCAGAGCCGAGCAUCAACCCUCGGGCUGACAGCAGCAGCAGCCCCGGACAGUCAGCUCAGGGAGAGCAGGCAGCUGCAGCCAGCACGCAGCGUCCAGAGGAGAGUCAGGAGAAGUUUCAGUCAGACCCUGACAGCUACAACGGGGCCGUGAGGGAGAACUACAGCUGGUCUCAGGAUUACACUGAUGUGGAGAUCCGCGUAUUUGUACCCAAGUCAGUUGUUAAGGGCAGACAGGUCAGUGUUGGUCUGCAGACCAGCAGUGUACGAGUGGCUGUGAGGGAGGGAGCCAAAGAAAAAAUACUAAUGGAGGGAGAAUUCACUCACAAGAUCAACACUGAGAACUCUUUGUGGAGCCUGGAGCCUGGAAGAUGUAUAGUCCUGUCGCUCAGUAAGGCCUCAGAGGUUUGGUGGAAUGCGGUGCUGAAAGGAGAGAAGGAGAUCGAUAUAAACCAGAUUAACCGUGAGCGCUCCAUGGCGUCAGUCGACGAUGAGGAGCACGCUGUUCUCGACAGACUCACCUUCGACUACCACCAGAAGCUGCAGGGAAAGCCACAGAGUCACGAGCUGAAAGUGCAUGAGAUGCUGAAGAAGGGCUGGGACGCCGAAGGCUCGCCGUUCAGAGGGCAGCAGUUCGACCCGUCCAUGUUCGACAUCCCGCCCAGUGCGGUGCAGUUCUGAGGCUCAGCCAGAUAUGAGCAGGACCCUGGUCUGUUUACAGAACUGGCUGUUUGGGGGGGGGUCAACAUUUUCCUGCUGGUUUGUUGUGUUGGAGGUUUGUCUGCCAGACUGUGACAAGGACUUCAGACAUUUCCAUGAU